AUUGUGCCAUCGUCCAGACUAUAUACACGCAUUCGAAACAUGGAUGCUACAGAUGAGGAAGAUUUGAAGCUUUUACGGGCCUCUGCUUCCCUACUGUCUGAUCUCGAGAGCUUGCUUCUCAGUCUCGUGCGGAGACGAAGUCAGGAUGGUACAUUAGGCAGCAUUCGCCAACAUGUUCGGACUGAAGACUUGAGUCGAGUGUUGUCAUUAAUAGAACCAUUCCAGGAAGAUCCCCAACUUCUGGACACCCAUCUCAAAAGAUUCGUCCCGCCACUGGUAGAUGCGUUUCUAGAGACAUUACACGCACGCACCCGGGGCAAACCCAAGAAAAGAUGCAUCCCCCUUUCCCACGCCAUCUGCCGAAUCUUGAACCUUCUUUGCAAAGUCAGAGGCGAAAAGGUGAUCAAAGGGAUCUUGAACAACGAGCCCCGUUACCUCGAGCCGAUUCUGCAGGCGUUUGAGAACGGGGAGAAUUUCAUCACGGCUGAUGGGGAAGAGCUGCCGCAGUGGAUCAUUCCUUGGACUGAGCGUUACGUGCUGCUUCUUUGGCUGUCCCAUCUUCUGCUCACUCCGUUUCCGCUGGCAUCGAUCUCUGCGACUGAGUCUUCGCAAGAGGUAGCUACUCAGUAUAAGAUUGAACUUCCGUCCGAAGCUCCUGGGAUAACACUGCGUGUGAUUGCGAUAUGUAUGAAAGGACUCCAGUCGGCAACGAAAGAGCGGAGUGCCGCUGCACAGCUUUUGGUUAGGUUAUGUGUCCGACCCGACAUGCAAGAACUGGGACUGCUGCGUUCUUUCGUCAAGUGGUCACUGGCGUUCUUCACCACGAUGUCUGAGGACUCUUCGGAUAUCCAUGAAUGUUUGGGCAUUCUCAGUUUUAUUUCUGGUCUGGUUACAUCGGCGUCCAACGAAGAAAUUGGAUCCUUCCUCCCCAGUGUUUUCAGAUUGUGCCAACAGAUCAUGAGUCAGGGUACUUUAUCCUUUGUUCGAUCUUCUGCUGUUGCCAGGAAGGUGACCCUUAAGGUGUUACGGAAUGUGGUUGUACAUGCUAUUCAGUUCAGCGCAAUGUCUAGCGAUCUAGACACUACCACCGUCCUCGAAGAAACCAUCGAACUCAUGCUCGAGGCUCUCGCGGAUGGAGACACGCCGGUUAGAUAUGCAGCCAGCAAAGGACUCAGUAUUAUCACUAUGAAAUUAGACCCUGAAAUGGCUGGGGAGGUCGCCGAGGCUCUGCUGGGUUCAUUCGAAGAGAACAUCUAUCUACAAGGGACAAAACGGAAUCUGAGCGCAGUCGAUCCUCUGCGCUGGCACGGGCUCACAUUGACACUAUCACACCUGCUCUACCGCAAGGCCCUUUCGCCCUCCCAACUCCCAGCCAUCCUCAACGCGCUGCUCCUCGCACUUACAUUCGAACAGCGCUCAGCAACCGGCGGGUCGAUCGGCACCAACGUGCGCGAUGCGGCUUGUUUCGGCAUCUGGGCCCUUUCGCGACGAUACAGUACGGAUGAGUUGAUGUCGGUCGACACGGCCUCCGUUCAGGCUUCAGUACACCACAAAUCGUUGUCGAUUCCGCAGGUUCUUGCCAUCGAAUUGCUCACGACCGCUUGUCUCGAUCCAGCCGGGAAUAUCCGCCGAGGAUCAUCGGCAGCUUUGCAAGAGCUUAUCGGGCGUCAUCCUAAUAUUGUGGAAGAAGGGAUUACGCUGGUACAAAUUGUCGAUUACCAUGCUGUUGGCCUACGAGAGCGCGCGAUGUGUGAAGUAGCGAUCAAGGCAGGCGAGUUGCGACAGAUAUACUGGGAUGUAUUGUUUGAAAAUCUCCUGACUUGGAGAGGAACUGGCUCUCUAGAUGCGUCUUCCAGAGAAUCCGCCGCUGUUGCCGUCGGCAGGAUGGCACGAAGCAAGUCUGGCGAGGCCAUCCAUCACAUGUCGGAGGAGAUUUGUGCCAAUUUGAAGCGCUUGAAGCCCAGAGAAAUCGAGGAGCGUCAGGGAUUGCUCUUAUCACUCUCUUUGCUCUUGAAGCAGGCAACAUCGCUACUUGCUGAGAAUCAAGACUCUGCGAAGCCUCCCGUGGAUCUUACUUAUCUGUGGAGUCUUUUGACUGGUGCUUUGAACCUCGAAGACAAGUCGUUCAUAUCGCCCGCACUGCGCCCAGAGUUCACUGCAUCGUCAAUGUGCUCAUUCUUGGGAGCACUAGCGGAGCACACCAGCCAAGUUCUUUACAAUGAAGUGGAGAUACCCACCCAGCAGGUCAUCCGACUUCUCAAUCUCUGUCUGGGUCGCCACGAGGAAUCAGUGCUGGAAGCGAUUCCGAAAUCAGCGGGGUGCGUGUUGAGGAUGUUGUCCAAAGCCUCCAACUCAGAUGGAAACCUUCUUGUCUCCGACUGGCUCGAUAGGUUGGAGAAUGAAGCUUCAUACAAUGGCCUCCGAUGUUCCGGGUUUGCUAUCGCUCUGGGCGCCGCAUACUCUGCUACAUCCUCACCUGAGCUUGAGACCUUAUCGGAACAUCAGAACCGGAUUAUCAACGUUUUGACAUUCAGAUGCACAGUCGCAGUAGCCAUCGAAGCCAGAACCGUGGCCCUGAAAGCCCUCGGCGUUCUCUUAAGCCACGCAGGGACCAAUUCAUCCUCGAGCGUCCUGCCCCAAAAGGCGCGAGACCAGGUCGUAAACGCUCUCCACAUCGCCCUCAACGACUACACCGUCACCGAAAGGGGAGACGUCGGAUCACUCGUUCGCCUAGAAGCCUUAAACACCAUCGACACCGCCUGGACGUCCGGCCUUCUUCAAGGCUCCAAUCUCGAGCAAUCCCUCCGCGCAGACGUCCUCCGCCUCUCCCUCGAAAAACUCGACAAAGUCCGCACUCGCGCCGCCCUCGUCCUCGAAAACAGCAACGACCCGCUCUUCCACGGCAUCGGCGCCGCAACCCUCGAGGGCGUAUCAUCCUACGCCUACUUCGCCCACGCACUAUCUAUUUUCACGCCCUCGCAGCCGACCGAAAUCAAAGAGGCACUCUGCCUCGGCUUCAUCAGCUCCGCGGGCAUGGGCUCCGAAUCCGUGGUCCAGAACUCGCGCGCUGCGCUCCUGGACGCUAUCGACCGACUCCCACCACCAGAAAACGACGACGCAGACACCCUAACUUUCCUUGACAUCGCAACCUGCUUCGUCGACCUCCUCCGCAAGUCCCUCGACAACGAGCGAACGCUCCUCCCCAUCUUAGAAGUCUUCGCCUUCCUCUUCGACAUGCGCGUCAUGCAAAGCCUAGCCGGCACCUCGUUCAAUUUCCGAACCCUCCUCUCCCUAACCCAAAAAUCCCACUUCAAGUCCACACACAUGCAGAAACUCCACCUUUCUCUCGACGUGUACCGCGGUUUAGGCGACGUGGCGGCUACGAGGGAGGACACGGUCAAGAAGGUUGUGGGGAUGCUGUUGCAUCCGUUUCCUAAGAUUCGCCUCACGGCCGCCGAGACGCUGUGGAUUCUCACGAGGGAAGAGGGGCUUAAGAGACAUGAUUGGAGCCUGUCGACGAAGAGUCUGAAGGGUGUUGUUGAGGGGAUUAGGGGGAAGGUUGUUUCUAGCGGGGCGUAGCAUAUCACACAGAGCAUAUCAUACAUAGCAUACCUAGCAUAGCACAGCAACAUCCGAACGAAAGCUUUCAUUACCCC